CUUCACAGUGAGGCGAACAAUAGGAAAAAAUGGCGCCAAAGGCUAAGAACAAAUCUCCGCCGUCUGAUCCUAAUGGAAUGUUCUCCGGGAUGGCGGUGUUCUCGGUCAGAAAAGGCGUCCAAGCUCGUCGGCUCCAGAUUUGGAAGCAAAAAUUGGUUCAAAUGGGGGCUAGAGUUGAGGAUCGUUUUUCCCGAAGGGUUAGCCACAUUUUCGCGGUGGAUUUAAAUGCACUUCUCCAAGAAAUUAACAGGGAAAGCUUGAAGCGGUUCGAGGGAAAAGUUCUCAACUAUCAGUGGCUAGAGGACAGCUUGAGAGCAGGAGAAAAAGUGCCUGAAGCCUCAUACAUCCUGUCAAUGGACUCUGAACAAGAUUAUAGGAGCAAAGUUACUCAGGGGAACCAUCUGAAACAUACCAAUGGAAAUCAUUUGAGUAUUGAAGAUCCAUCUCCACCAAAGAAGAUUAAAACCUGUUCUGAGGAGUACAAAGCUGUUGGGUCCGAAAAAAAAGACCAAGUUUCAAUUGAUGCCCCUAAUUAUUCCUCAAAAUCGGAUAGUGCUAACAGCUCAUGCCGCUCUGCGCACUCUUUAAGCCCAGAAGUCACAAGUCUGAGUUUGGAUGGUCAAAAUGGAGCUGUCUCAUCAUCUGAUACAUCAUUGCUUUAUAGUCCUCCUGAUCUGAACAGGAAUAUUACUGAGAUAUUUGGAAAGCUUAUUGACAUUUACCGAGCCCUGGGUGAUGACCGGAGGUCUUUUAGCUAUUAUAAGGCUAUCCCCGUUAUUGAAAAAUUGCCUUUUAAAAUUGAAAGCGCAGACCAGGUCAAACAUCUACCUGGGAUAGGAAAGUCAUUGCAGGAUCACAUUCAGGAAAUAGCGAACACUGGAAAGUUAUCCAAGUUGGAGCACUUCGAGAAGGAUGAGAAGGUACGCACCAUAAGUUUAUUUGGAGAAGUAUGGGGCAUUGGACCUGCCACAGCGUCAAAACUUUACGAUAAAGGACACAGGACUCUGGAUGAUUUGAAAAAUGAGGAAUCAUUAACAAAUUCCCAGAGGUUAGGCUUGAAAUACUUUGAUGACAUCAAGACAAGAAUUCCACGGCAUGAGGUCCAAGAAAUGGAAAGUCUUCUACAAAAAGUUGGAGAAGAGAUUUUGCCUGGGGUAGUAAUUAUUUGUGGAGGAUCAUAUAGACGUGGAAAGGCUUCUUGUGGGGAUAUGGACAUUGUGAUUACACAUCCUGAUGGAAAAAGUCAUACUGGAUUUCUCCCGAAGUUUGUGAAGCAUCUUAAGGAUAAAAACUUCUUGAGAGAGGAUCUGGUCUAUAGCAUACACAGUGAGGAGGGCACUGAUUCUGGAGUGGAUACAUAUUUUGGUCUUUGCACUUAUCCUGGUCGAGAGUUACGACACCGCAUAGAUUUCAAGGUUUAUCCAAGGGAUAUUUAUGCAUUUGGAUUAAUAGCAUGGACAGGGAAUGAUGUAUUAAACAGGAGGCUGAGAUUAUUAGCAGAAUCAAAAGGAUUCAGACUCGAUGACACAGGAUUGUUUCCUGCCACUCAUGGUUCAGGCGGCAAACGGGGGAGCAAAGGCAGUGCAAGCUUGAAGUUUGGAACUGAAAAGGAGGUGUUUGAUUUCCUCGGAUUCCCAUGGCUCGAGCCUAAUCAGAGGAAUUUGUGAGAUGUAAGUUAAUGCUGGUCUACGUCGGACCAUAGCGACUCAUGAAUAUGCUUCUUCCACUUGAUUUCGGUCAUUACCAACCGUUAACUGCAGAAAAGAAGAAUUGCUGCAUAUUUUGUGUUCUGUUGGGAGCAUGCGGCAUGUAAAUAUAGUAGUAAAUAUUAAUGUAAACCAUGAUGUAGGCUAAUCACUCUUUUGCGUACAUACUCGUGUACGUAACUUUUGUUUUGUAUCUGUGUUGGCACUCCUUUCUUUUCUGUGUUUGUACAGUAUGCAAUGGUAUGGGACAGGGGUUGUGGAGCUGAGAUUGCUAAAUUUGGAUAUCUUGCCAAGUUAUUUGGUCAAUUUCCUGCUAUCAUGCUCAUGUGCUUGUUUUAGAAUUAGGAAUGUGGGGUUGUAGUUAUUCCAAUUAAC